AUGGGUGGUGGAGAUGGGUACCGCUCUGUGGCAUACUUUGUAAAUUGGGCAAUCUAUGGCCGGAAAUUCAACCCACAGAUGCUGCCAGCUGACAAGCUUACGCACGUUUUAUACGCAUUUGCAAAUGUCAAACCGGAUUCCGGGGAAGUAUAUCUUACCGACGGCUGGGCAGAUACCGACAUCCAUUUUGAGGGUGACUCCUGGAAUGAUGUAGGAACCAAUCUGUACGGAUGUCUUAAACAACUCAACAUCCUCAAAGCCCAAAACCGCUCUCUCAAAAUUCUCCUGUCGAUUGGUGGUUGGACUUACUCCAGUAACUUUGCGGCUCCAGCGUCCACUCAAGCCGGGCGUGAGAAAUUUGCAUCUUCGGCAGUAACCUUGAUCAAGGAUAUGGGAUUUGACGGUAUCGAUAUUGAUUGGGAAUAUCCCAAGUCCGCUACAGAAGCCGAGCAUUACGUUCUUUUGCUUGACGAAUGCCGUAAAGCAAUGGACGCUUAUAGCUCUACCCUGCCUCAUCCGCAUCACUUCGAGCUCACCGUUGCUUGCCCAGCUGGCCCGCAAAAUUAUAACAACAUGAAUAUUGGAGCUAUGGAUAAAUACCUCGAUUUUUGGAAUCUGAUGGCUUACGAUUUUGCUGGAUCUUGGGAUAGCAACUCGGGUCAUCAAGCUAACAUUUACGCUUCUAAACAAAAUCCAGCCGCUACACCUUUUAACACGGAACAAGCCGUCCGCCAUUAUGAGCAGCAGGGUGUUCACAAGAGUAAGAUUGUCAUUGGGAUGCCGUUGUACGGAAGGUCGUUUCAGAACACGGAUGGCCUUGGAAAGCCAUACAGUGGUGUUGGUGAGGGAUCUUGGGAGAACGGUGUCUUCGACUUCAAGGCUUUACCACUUGCGGGUGCUGAAGAAAAGUUCGAUGAGGAAGCUCUUGCUUCUUAUAGCUAUGAUCCCGCGAAGAAGCAUCUUGUCACUUAUGAUACUCCAAAGAUAGCUCAAGAGAAAGGCAAAUGGGUUAAGAGUCAAGGUCUAGGCGGUGCUAUGUGGUGGGAAAGCAGUGGGGACAAAACCGGCAAUGAUAGUUUGAUCGCUAUUGUUGUUAAGGAGUUGGGGAGUCUAGAAGAUAGUAAAAACUGUCUGGAGUAUCCACAAUCCAAGUAUGAAAAUUUGAGGGCUGGAUUUAAGGGUUGA